AUGUUUACUCGGAUUUUUGGCAAACCUAAGCAAGAGACUAAUGCUCUUACUACCCUCGACAAAUUAAAUGAGACUCUUGAGAUGCUUGAGAAGAAGGAAAAAGUGCUAAUGAGGAAGGCUUCUUCUGAAGUUGAGAAGGCCAAGGAAUUCACAAAAGCAAAAAACAAGAAAGCGGCUAUACAGUGUUUGAAGCGGAAGAGACUCUAUGAACAGCAAAUUGAGCAGCUUGGAAAUUUCCAACUACGUCUCCAUGAUCAGAUGAUACUGUUAGAAGGUGCCAAAGCAACUACUGAAACAGUGGACGCUUUGAGAAGUGGAGCAGCUGCAAUGAAAUCAAUGCAGAAAGCAACGAACAUUGAUGAUGUGGACCAGACAAUGGACGAGAUAAACGAACAAACAGAGAACAUGAAGCAGAUACAGGAAGCCUUGGCUACUCCCAUUAGUGCAGCAACUGAUUUUGAUGAGGACGAAUUGGAGGCUGAGCUUGAAGAAUUGGAAGGUGCAGAGUUGGAGGAACAGCUUCUUCAGCCUGCAACCACGGCCCCUGCUGCUCCAGUUCAGUCAAAUUCCCUGGUUGAACUGGUAAUGUUUGAGGAGAUUACGAUACUGUAUUUAGAGUGGAGAAUCAUUCUGCUUGCUGUUUUCGCAUUUGCUGGUUCAGCACUCUGCACAUAA